CUUCACAGAUCAAAAGCCAACGACUGACGCGCCUGUAUAAUUGUCUCCUUGCCUUUGCAAGCAGUGGAGAGGACACUGGAUCCUGACAUGCCUCGUUCUGGUUCUACCGCCUGUCACCGCGUUUAACUGGGCAUAUUUCUCUCUGGACUUUUCAAACAAUACGUUUUGAACAAUGAGGCCCCCGGUGGAAGUCUUCGUGUUUCUCAUCUCUCUUCUGGCUCCUGGAGUUUUGUACACGCUGAACAACGUCAUUGCGCUCCAGGAACCUCUACCUAUCCUGGGCGUGGGACUGGUCAUCCUGGGAUCUGUUCUUCUUCUCGUCCUCCUCAGUGUGCGACACAAGACCAACGUGGACCCUUUAUACUACGCGUUCGCAGAGUUUUCCUUCACCAACACUGUGGGCCUGACCAACGCUUUGGAGCAAGAUGGGUUCAUCUCUGGCUUCAUGGGCUUCUACCUAAGGAUGGGUGAGCCUCAUCUGAGUACUGCCUAUGCUGUGAUGAUGUCUUACUGGGAAGGCGUCUUUCACUUUGUCCUCCUCCUCGUCAUCAUCCACCGCAUGUUUAAAGGGAAGUCCUACCGAAGCCUGGGCCUGCUGUGGGCGGGCUCCUCCAUCGCCCACCAAAUUGUGCUGAUCCCCGGAGUGGUCGUCGGUAAAUACGGGUCUAACAUUCGUCCAGCCUUUUGGAGGAACAUCCCCUUCUUCAUGGCGCCUUUCUGGGCUGCGUCCUUGCUCUUCAGGAGACACAGAGAGAUGCCAAUUGUCACAGCAGACAAGAUUGCAGCGGAGCAGAAGAAAAGUCUACUGACCCGGCCGGUCGACCUGCUUCUGUCACUUCUCUUAAUGGGAGCCAUGGUCUUCGCAGUUUUCAGAGGCUUUGUGGUGCUGGACUGUCCUCUGGACACCUGUUUCACCUACAUCUAUCAGUACGAGCCCUACCUCAAAGACCCAGUCGGCUUCCCCAGGGUUACGAUGAUGGUGUAUUUAUUCUACGCUCUGCCCCUGCUGACUGUCUUUAUCUACGGUCUGAAAACACCGGGGUGUACAUGGAUGUUGGACUGGACCAUCUUCUUUGCUGGAGCCAUGGCUCAGACCCAGUGGUGCCAUAUCGGUGCAUCUCUGCACUCCCGCACUCCCUUCACGUACCGAGUCCCUGCAGACAAAUGGUGGCCUGUUAUCACCCUCAACGUGCUGCUCGCUGCGGUGCCGGCUCUACUGGCCCUGCGCUGCCACUCCAGCCCCACCUUUUUUAUGAAACCUGUCCCCAAGGGACAGACCAACGGCGAGAAGAAGAAAAACUAAAACCUCACUCCAGCCACGGACUGUCGAGGAAUACUUCACGUUCUGAGAAGGCUAAUGUUUUCUGGGACUCUCUGUUGUGCACAAACUGCUUAAAACCCCCAAUUUUUCAACCUUAAAACCCAGGGAAAGUCUACCACCAUCCGUCACCUGGCGCAGCACUCCCUGCUCGGACUAUUGGACCCCUGAUAAGAAAGCAGUUGAUGAAGUAGAGGGCUGCGAUCAUCUCACACAGCUUUCGGGUGACUCAUGCAGAUACAGAGAUGGUAUCUUUCCAAACUGAGACUGUUAACCUAAAUAUAUCGGCCAGCAACAAACCGCUGGAGAGUGAAAGUCUUAUUAUAAAGUUUCUAUGCAGGAAUCCACAACAAAACUCCAAAGCUUUAGGAUUGUUUUAUACUGGGUCAGUGAAAACCGAAACUAUAGAGUUUAGUAACUUGAUGAAAUUCAAUGCAGGGUUGAAAGCCUGAAUAAGUUGAGUUUGUGAUAAGAGAUGUUGACAGAUACUGUGCAAUGUCUGGAUCUACAUGUUUUCACUGCACUGAUCAAGUUGUGAUCAACUGAUUGAUAUGUCAAUAAACGAUAAAGCAUCA